GACGUCACAUCAGAUUACAGCUCAUUCCUCCAUGCGAAGAAAGAAAGAAUCAGGGACAAGUACGAGGCGAGAAAUUCCAAAAUCGAUGGCGAGGGGGCGAGUCUGCGAGCGCUGUUCGUUUAACGUAUUAGCGACUGAUCUAAUCUUCGGUGAUCAGGCGUGCAUUAUUUAGCAUGGCUACAAUGCGGCAGUGAGAGAAGUUUAUGGCUCCAGUUGACGCACGCUUAUCAGUCAAUGUCUGGCUUUGCACGCCCACAACGCAUUGUUUCGGCCACAUCCAGCAUCACUGCAAGAUCUGAUAUCCUCUCGCAGCCCUUGGCACGAUUGCAUGCUUGGCCAGGUGUCUUCGAUGGUUUCUCUCCAGCGACAUUAGGUCCUAUUCGACGGUCAGACCAAGGCUCGCUGCCUCCACACAUCCACCAGCCACCUUUUCAGAGCAGUGGCCACGCCUAGAAGGGUUCAAUGCAGCCUCCUUCAUAUCCACCGUCUUCACUACCCUCACUAGCGCACGAUGUCCAAGAUGAAUCUGCAGCAGUUGAUGAUUCUGGCCGGCUCACGCCAGAGCCGCGGACUCCUGAUCAACUCCAAGGACCUCAGCUGAUCGACGCUUCUCCCCCGUCUAGUAAGACCGUUCAAGAGCGGAGGGCCAAGCAGAACAGAGGAAAGCACUUUCCAGAUAAGCGAAAAGAACACAGACAAAAGCAUUUUAAAUCACAUUCUGAGGGUUCCGAGAACGACAGUAGUAACAACGAGGACACAUCCCCGCUCCUCCCAUUCGGUCAUCUUCCUUCGGAGAGCUACGCUGAGACAAUCAUCCAGCAGCCACUGUCAAAUAAAGCAAAAGGCAAGCAACGCGCACUCGAAACUGGUGUUGCUGUUCCUACGCGAACGCAAGCCGCAUUGCAAGUCAACAUGGCAGAGUUACAGGUCUUCCGAGAAUCGUCGUCCCCACCGAUUCGCAUCCCCAAAUUCGAUAGCUCCGAGGACCAACAUCGGGCUGAGCAAUGGACAAACAACGCGGCACCGAGGAAUGAGGAUGGUGAUUCAGAGGAGUGCCGGUGGCAAUGUGAAUCACACAGAAGGAGCAGCUUCGAUCCGGCCUUGCUGAAGCCUGCGCCAUGGCGUCGCCACCCGCACGCCCCGAGCAUCUCCACUGAGGAUCUCGAAGCGGUACCCCAGGCUGGAGGAGGAGGCUCAGACACGCCGAAGAGGGCAGGACUGCGCGCAUUCAUACACGGAACAUCAGGGAAAGGAAGCCCAGCGCCAUCGCGAGCAGCGAGCGGCAAAGCAUGGUGGCCCUGGGACGCUUCCGUGCCUUCGCUGUCGACUCCAUCGCUGCUGCCAACCUGGGACAGUCGCCACUCUGGUCGAUCUCGGCGCUACUCGCAUCCAGAGCCUCGGGUUGUCGACGAUGGCGUCUACAAGAGCGCAAAGCCAAGCUUGGAGUAUCAUAGCGGCGUAGCACAGAAUGCGGCUCCGAUAGAUACGCACCAAUGGCAAACUGCAGCGGCCGCUGUUGUCGAUGAGGCGCAGGACCACGCAUUGGAAGGACAACAGGGCGGCUUGGAUGACUUUGCGGCUAUACAUGAAGGACUCGUUGCGGAUAUGAAACGAGACGCUCAUAAUGUGGACGCUGCCGUAGAAGGACAAGUGAUGGACGAGGCAUCGUGGGCAAGCAAGCCUGGUGAUACGGAGAGGAAGGGGAGCGAGAGGGACGGCGCACACUCGCUCGUUUCAUUGCAUACAAUCCGUGGAUGCACUCUUCCGUGCACGUCAGCUGGCGAGGCUUCCGACAUACCAAUUAUAUCGACACCUUCUCCCUCAGCAACGCGGAACUCGAACUACUUCACCCUGUUCCUCGACGGUGCAAGAGGUGCAGAUUGGUCCCUGUUGCUCGUUGGGACGCUCGCGGCACUUGCAAGCGGCAUUCCGCUUCCCAUUAUUGGCGUCCUCUUUGGCGAGCUGAUCGACGGAUUCAACAGCGUCUCAUGCUCCAGCGCACAGGAGCGUGCUUUGAUGGACACAAAGGAGCUGCUGCGCCUGUUGACUGUACGUGCGCUAUCUUUCGCGCAAGAUGCAUCACCGCAGGCGCUGCCGCCCGACGAACAGGCUGCAUUCCUUGCCAAUGUCGUCGUCAAGGUCAAGCUUAUACUUGCAGCGGCCGCCGCCAACUUUUUGCUCAUCUGGAUCUACACAGUUUGCUGGUCGCUCGUGGGUGAGCGACUCGUGAGACGUCUGCGCGAAAAGUACCUCCGCUCUGUCUUGCGUCAAGAGAUGGCGUUCUUCGACUUGGCCAAGCCAGGCGAGAUAGCGACGCGCCUGUCUGCGGACUUGCUCACCAUUCAAGUCGGUACGAGCGAAAAGUGCGGGAUCAUGCUCUCAUCUCUCAGCUACUUUUUCACUUCAUUCAUCGUUGCGUUCAUCAAGCUCCCCGUCCUCGCCGCGCAGCUGCUUAGCCUACUUCCUGCUUUUGCGAUCAUUAGCCUUAUUGGCAGCAAGUACGUCGGCAGGUUCAGCACGCUCACGUCUACGCAUCUUUCGCACGCAUCUUCGCUCGCGACAGAGGCUCUCGGCAACCUUGCAGUCGUGCAGGUCUUCAAUGCUGAGGAGAAGCUCACGCGCAUCUACGCGAAGCAUCUCGAAGCUGCGCGCAAGAGCGGCUUGCGAAAAGCCAUCGCUGCGAGCUGCAUGCUCGGCUGCCUCUUCUUUGUCGGCUACAGCGCUAACGCGCUCGCGUUCUACUCUGGAAGCAAGAUCAUUGCACAGCGACUGCGCGACGGCGUGGCGGGUGCUGGCGUCGGGUCCGUCUACACGGUCAUCUUUUUACUCCUUGACGCUUCUUUCAUCAUCGGCCAGAUCGCGCCUUACAUGCAGACGUUUUCGCAGGCCAGCGCUGCCGGCAAAGGCUUGUUCUCCGUCAUCAACCGGCCCUCUCGCAUUGAUGCCAUGUCGACCACACAUGGUCUGUCUACGGAUCCAAGUGCUCUCUCGGGCAUCUCGGUCUCUUUCCGCAGUGUCACCUUUAGCUAUCCCUCACGCCCGUCACAGAAUGCAGCGGAUGCCAUGGAUCUCGAGGUUGACGAGGGCCAGAAAGUCGGCAUCUGCGGGCCAAGCGGGAGUGGAAAAUCCACCGUGGUUGCGCUUGCCUGCCGCCUCUACGAUCCUGCCGAAGGGCAAGUGCUCAUCAAUGGCAUUCCUGCCACGGAGCUAAACCCGCGCUGGCUACGCUCGCAGAUUGGCAUUGUUUCACAGGAUCCCGUGCUCUUCGACGGUACAAUCUUUCAAGCUGUCGCGCUUGGCCUUCAUGGGAGCGUUGAAUACGAGGAGUUGUGGCCGGCCUUGAAAGCACUGUCAACGGGCCAAAUCAGCGAGAAGGACCCAGGAACCUUCGCCGCUGAGAUGGCACAGAUCAAAUCGCUCGUUCGGCACGCUGCCGACCUGGCAAAUGCCCGUGGAUUCAUCGAGGAGCUCGAGGACGGAUAUGAUACGCGCGUCGGGGAAGGCGGGGCUCGCUUGUCUGGCGGUCAGAAGGUGCGCAUUUCACUAGCGCGUGCUAUCGUCAAACGACCAAAGCUGUUGAUCUGUGACGAAGCGACGGCUGCGCUGGAUCCCGAAUCGGAAAAGCUUGUGCAAGAAGCGUUUGACCAUGCAACUGAGGGCAGGACCGUUAUUUCUGUCGCCCAUCGCCUUGCGUCCAUCAAAGGCCAUGACAAAAUCGUCGUUGUCAGCGCGGGAAAAGUCAUCGAGCAGGGCUCACACGAUGAGCUGAUCGCGAACAAGGGUGCGUACUACAGCCUUGCUGCAGCACAAGACACCAGAAAGGUGGACGGCGGCGCAGAUGAAACCGAUGCACCCGAGCCUCACCAAAGGCAGGCACCUGUGGAGCUGAACGGCGCUGAGCCUGUGGAUCAAGCAGUUGGAUCGAUCAAAGUAGACCAUACCCCGAAUGGCACCCACAAGUCACCUGGCGUUUGGAUCCGUCUGGCUGCCGCGUGUCGUCCAGAGCUGCUAUUCGCUUGCAUCGGUGUUUUCACAUCUACGGUAAUUGGUAGCGCCUACUCGGGCGAGGCGUUUAUCUUUGGCAACGUCAUUGAUGCACUCAAUCCAUGCAAGGGUAUUCCCGCGAUUCGCGCCAAUGCCGACUUCUUCGCUCUCAUGUUCUUUGUGCUGGCCUUGAUCGAGCUGUUUUCGUACUCAAUCAACGGCAGCUCAUUCGGGAAAAUGGCAGAGGCCCUGCUUUAUCGUCUGCGACGACUUUCCUUUCUGGCGCUCCUGCGCCAGAAACAGAGCUGGUUUGAAAACGACGACCGCUCCCCUUCAACUAUUGUCUCGUCACUGGCCGCUGAUGCAGCUGCGCUUGGCGGACUCACAAGCACCGUCAUUGGCACAGUGUGCGCGAUCGGCGUCAACCUAGUCGUCGGGCUAAUAGUCAGCUUCAUUGUGUCUUGGCGCAUUGCGAUCGUGCUUGUUUGGACCGUUCCAUUGAUGAUGGCUGCAGGCUACAUGCGCCUGAAAGUACUGGCCGACUUUCAACGGCGUCAUGCCACUGCCUACCGCGGCGCAAAUGCUAUCGCCGUCGAGGCGGUCAACAAUAUUGGCACCGUCCAAGGUCUCGGCAGCGAAUCGGACGUAUGCGAUCGUUUCCAGCACGCUCUCAUCACUCCAUAUCGAGAAGGUCUCCGGCACAUCUUCGUGGGAAACGUCUUUCUUGCCGGCGCCUUGUCCUUGUCGUACUUCAUCUACGGCUUUGCAUACUACUGGGGCUCGCGUAUGGUUGUCGCUGGCUAUGCGACGCAAAUCGACUUCUUUAUCGUGCUGCCAGCCUUGCUAUUUUCCGCUCAAGCAAGCGGGCAGCUGCUGUCCUUCUCCUCAGAGUUCGCUCACGCGCAAAGCUCUGCGCAGCACAUUUUCAGCAUCAUAGAUCAGUCCAGCUCUUCGAGGGAACUUCAUUCUGGCUCUUCAGAGAAGCUGUGGAGCGACAAACCGAGCUCGACACCGUCACGCUCACUGGAUGAAGAGUCUUGGGAAGGAAACGGCGUGUCUACACCUGCCGGACCCAUGGCCAUCUCCUGCCAGGGCAUUUAUUUUGCCUACCCCAGCCGCAAGGAUCCUGUCCUCCGCGGUGUCACCUUUGACGUCGCACCCGGAAGUUUCGUUGCACUAGUUGGACCCUCUGGAUCGGGCAAGUCCACCUUCUUUGCGCUCUUGACGAAGCUCUACAAGCCCACUUCAGGCACGAUUCGCAUCAAUAAUCGUCUGAUCGAGGACAUACCGGCCGAUCGUCUGCGCCGCGACAUUGCCAUUGUGCCGCAAGAGCCGACGCUAUUCUACGGAACGAUCAGGUUCAAUGUCGCCUUGGGCGCACGCGACGAGCAAGUUAGUCCAAGCGCCGAGGACGCAGACUGCGUUCCUUUGGAGGAGGUCAUCGCAGCGUGCAAGAUGGCCAAUAUCCACGACACAAUCAUGACCUUACCUGAGCAGUACAAUACUCUGGUCGGCCUCAAGGGUGGACAGUUGUCCGGCGGCCAACGGCAACGGCUAGCGCUAGCACGAGCGCUCCUUCGUAAGCCGAAACUGUUGCUUUUAGACGAAGCGUCCUCUGCGCUCGACGCCGAGUCGGAGCGUAUCUUUCAACAAACGUUGCAGACAAUCGUCCAGUCGCGCAGCUGCACGAUUGUCUCCAUUAACCACCGCAUGGCGACCAUAAAGGACGUUGAUUACCUUUACAUAUUCAAUCGCGGCACUAUCGUGGCAUGUGGGACCCACGCGCACCUGAUGCGUACCAGCGAGCGCUUCCGUGCGAUGGUCAGCCAUCAAUCCUUGCUCUGAUUACAAUCACAUAGAUAGACUGCACACCACGUCACAUCACUGUAUUGUACGCGUACGCGAGCCACCUGCAUCAAUAACGAAUAGAUCACAAG